GGCAACCAUAGCGCGACACGGCGUCUCGGCAACCGCGCAUGCGCGGUGGCGCGGUUGAGGGCGCUUGCAGCUGUCGCCUGGCAACCGAAACGCGGCACGGCACCUCGGCAACCGCGCAUGCGCGUUGCUCAUGUUACGGCGCUCGCCGCUGUUGCCUGGCACCCAAGGCGCGACACAGCGUCUCGGCAACCGCGCAUGCGCCGUGUCGCGGUUUACGGCGCUCCUGCUGUUGCCUGGCAACCGAAACGCCGUGCUGGCGCUCGGGAGCCGCGCAUGCGCGGUGGCGCGUUUUGCCGCCCUCCUGCUGUUGCCUGGCAACCAAAACGCGGUGCAGCGGCUCUGGAGCCGCGCAUGCGCGGUGCCGGCGCGUUUCGCCAGCGCUCUCUUCCGCCGCCUAUUGACCAAAGUUCCGUACUGCAGCUGGGGCGCCGCGCAUGCGCGCUGGCGCGUUGCGCAAGCGCUCGCCGCUGCCACCCUGCGACCAAUGUUCGGUACUGCAGCUCGGAGGCUGCGAGUGCGCGGGGCUGCCCCUGUCCUGCACGUGCCGCCCAUCGGUAACGGCAAUGCGGCACCGGGGGGCGGUGCCGCCGCGCUCGUUGCUUCCUCCCGGUAAGGAAACGCCAAUGCCGCCCCAGGCGCGCGGUGUCGGCGGGCGCUCGGCGCGCAAAGCGCGGAACUGCGGCGCCGGGGCCGCCCCUGGGCACGCGCCUCCCGCCGUCCGCUCGCUGCUGCUGCCGCCUCGUGGCCGAAGCGCGGAACCGCAGCGCCGCCACCGCACAGAGGCCACGCUGUGGGUGCAGUUGUCCGUUCGUCCCCUGGGGAUUCCGUUGACUGCAGCAGCCUCGGGCUUGCGUGGGCUGUCUCUGGCUGGCCUCCCUCUCUGCGCGGCGCGGGAGCACAGAGGGACAGGCAGGGCACUUACCGGCUAUGGGCAGGAGCUGCUGCGGCUGAAGCUGGAGAGGCCAGAGAAAGUCCGCAGCAGGUCAGACGGCCAGGGUGCACCGCAGCGUCCGUAUGCAGCACCGACGGUGCGGUACGGCCACGUAGUGAGCGAGCGAGCGAGCGAGGCUACGUGUCUAGGAGGCCUCAUCUCGUAA